AUGAGCUUAGAUAUAAAUUCAACAAAUUCUCAUUAUGAAAAUGAAACAUCAAAAAAAAGUUCAGUUAUUUUAUUUCUAUCAUUUUCUGUCCUAUCAGCCUGUAUAAGUAAAAUAAUAUUUGCAAAAAUAUUAAAAAAUAAAAUUCCACUUCCAUUUACUGUCGCUGUACUUAUAUUUGGAUUUCUAAUUGGUAUCAUCGUAACACAAUUCAAAAAUAUUAAUAAUAAUUUUAUAUUAGGUGAAAUACAAUUAAGUGAAAUAAAUCCUCAUUUAAUGUAUUAUAUUUUUUUACCAUUAUUAAUAUUUGAUUCAUCAUUUAAUGGUCAUUUUCAUGUUAUUAAACAACAAUUAUUAUCAGCAAUACUUAUGGCUGGGCCUGGUGUUUUUAUCUCAACGGUAAUUAUUGCACUAUGUGGAAUUUAUAUAUUUCCAUAUAACUGGUCAUGGUUAAUUGGUCUUAUGUUUGGAAGUAUUUUAAGUGCAACUGAUCCAAUUGCUGUCGUCGCUUUAUUACAUGACUCCGGUGCAAGUCGAUCAUUAGCUUCGCUAAUCGAUUCUGAAUCAUUACUAAAUGAUGGUUCUGCAUUUGUAAUCUUUCUAAUUUUUUAUGAUAUUGUUACUGGUAAAGAUCAUAAUGCAACAAAUAUUAUUGUACAAAUUAUUAAAUUUAGUAUCGGUAAGAAAAUUAAUCAUUCAUUUCAAAUUUUUUUAUUAUGA